AUGUCUGAAAGAGUUAAAGUAGCAGUUCGACUUCGCCCUUUAAUUGAAGAGGAAUUAAUAUGUAAAGACAAAUCCAUAUGUGUUGAAACUAUAGACCCUAAUAAAAAACUUAUUAUCAGUAUCUAUUUUCAUCAUUCUUAGUCAAGAAAGAUUUUGAGAAGAGACAAUUUCAAUUCGAUUCUGUUUUUGAUUCUAAAGCAACUUAAAAUCAAGUUUACAAUGACAUAGCAAAAGGAGUUGUUGGCGUAAAUUAAUUAUAUAUAUAUUUAGAGUGUAAUCAAAGGCUUUAAUGGCACUAUUUUUUGUUAUGGAUAAACUGGAACAGGUAAAACAUAUACUAUGAUGGGUCAACUUGAUUCAGAUGAAAAGGGAAUCACUCCUCGUACUUUUGAAUAAAUUUUUAAUGAAAUCUAAGCAGAUGCCAAUAACAUCUAUACGGUUUAAUUAGGAUAUUUGCAAAUCUAUAUGGAAAUGGUAUAGUUUUGAUAUUUAUUUUAGUUAUUGGAUCUAAUUAGACCAGACAAUUAAGAAGUAAAAAUUAGAGAAUGUCCUGAUAAUGGAGUUUUUGUUUCUGGAUUAGAAUGGAUGGAAGUUGAAUCUCCUUAAGAAUGUUUAAGUAUUAUGAAUUUUGCUGAAAAAAAUAAAGUGGUUGCAUUUACAAAUUUAAAUGCACACUCUUCAAGGUCUCAUUCAAUGCUUGUAAUAAAAGUAGAAAAGAGAUAAUCUAAAUAGCAUUCAAAAUCAAUGACUAUUUCCAAAAAAGCUAGUUCUAAAUUAUAAAAUUACUCUUAAGAUUUAAUAACAGAAAGUGAUGAAAGUAUAAUAUCAUCUGGUAAUUGUGUUGGAACACUUUAUCUUGUUGAUUUAGCAGGAAGUGAAAGAAUUAAAAAAUCUAGAGCUACAGGAGAUCGUUUAAGUGAAGCAAGAUCUAUAAAUUAUUCACUUACAGCCUUAGGAAAAUGUAUUCAUGCUUUAACAGGUCCUAAAUCUACAUUUGUUCCAUUUCGUGAUUCUAAAUUGACUAGAAUUUUAUAAGAUGCACUUGGAGGCAAUUGCAAAACUGCAUUAAUUGUAAACAUUGGUCCUGCUGGUAAACAUGUUGAAGAAACUCUCUCAAGUCUUACUUUUGGAAUGAGAGCUAUGAAGGUUACUAAUACACCAUAAAUUAAUCAAAAUGUUGAUUAUGAAGUAAUAAUCUUAUUUAUUUAUUAAUAGCAAUUAACUUAACAACUCAAAAUUGAAAUUGAAAUGAAGGAUGAAGUUAUUCAAAAAUUGGAAUAGUAAUAAGCCAAAUUGUUAUAGUAAGUUAGAAUUGAAACUUCUUGCAAUCUUAGCACUUCAGAUCAUUAAUAUAAAGUUAAAUUAGAAAAAGCUGAAGAAGAACAUAAAGCAUUUCUAGAAGAAAUAGAUAAUAUGAUGGUAGAAUAAGAAUAAGAGAAUGAAGAACUCAAAAAAUAAUUAGCUCAUGUCAUGUUAGAAUUAGAAGAUUCUAAAAAUAAAUAAUCAUAAUUAGAAUAAGAAAUAGAAGAAUUUAAAAAUUCUUAAUAGCAAUUAGAAAAUGAAUUAGAAGAAGCUCUAACUAAUGUAAAUAACUGUUAUUUAUCUUUUUAGAAAAAUGAAUUUGCUGAUACUAUUAAUUAAUUGCAAUAAAAAUUGGAAUCUAAAGAAAAAGAAAUUUAAGAACUUAAAUAAGUCACAGUCUUGUCCACAAAAAAUAAUGAUAUUAUCAAAAUAUCUAAAGAAAAAUAAAAUUAGAUGUGGAGAUCAGAAUUAUAAUAAAUAACUUCAUAAUAUGCCAAUAAAUUAGAAGAAGUCAAAAGAUUAGAGUUUUAAUAAUAGGAAAAAGAAAAUAAUAACAUAUUAGAAUUUAAAUAAAGAAAUGAAGAGCUUAUUUUAUAACUCAAAUAAUACAAAUACUAAAAUUCAGAAUUAAAAGAAUAACAAUAAUAAUUAAUUUUGACCAAUUAACAACUUGAAGAAUGUUUACAAAAAUAAAAGGAACGUUGUUAAGAGGAAUCUACUUUAUUAUAAUAAAUCAAAGAUCUUGAAACAGUUAAUAAUGAAAUUACUAAAAGAUUAGAAUAAUAUGAAGUUAAAUUAAAGAAAUAAAAAGAUUAACAAUAAUAAAAUGAAUUUUCUUAUUAACAAGAACUAGAAACUAAAAAUGAACAUCUCAACAAAAUUCAAUUAGAAUAUCUUGAAAUAUAAAAAUAAAUUGCUUUAAUCAAAGAAUAAUAUUCCACAAUCUAAACCAUAAAUUAAUAAAAACUUAAGUAAUUAAAUCAUGAAAACUAAAUGUUAAUUAAUAAAAAUGCUGACUAUUAAUUACAAGUCUAACAAUUAAUUGAGAAAAAUAACGAACUUUAAUUAUAAAUACAAUAAAGUAAAAGUUCUUAAUAUAAUAAUUACAAUUAAUACUUAAAUAAUUCUAAAUUUGAAUAUUAAACUAAUUAAUCAUAUGUUAAUGAAUAAAAUUUUGAUAUAGAAUUAAAAAAAUCAAUAACAGUUUCUGGAGUUAAUGAAGGUCAAAUUGUUUUUGAAAUGUAAGUUCGAAUUCAAUAAUAAGAAGAUUUUAUUGAAUAAUUAUAAGUUUAAUUAAAACAAAAAGAAAAUAUAAUAGAGGAACUUCAAAUGAGGUGUUCUAAUACAUAGAAGGAAGCUGAAUAAUUGAAAUUUUAGAUGGAAUCAUUUUCUAAAAGAUCUUAAUAAUCAUUAUAAAGAAUGGAAGAAACUAUGUGUUAAGAAGUUGUGAGAAAUGUUUUAGAAAAGAUGAUUUUUUAGAUAGAAUUAAAUUCUUUUGAAUCAGAUGAUAUAAGUAGUCGUGCUCCAGAUAGUGAUUUAAAACUUUAAAUGAAAUCAUUUUCUAAAUAAGAUAAUGCUUAAUUAGUCGAAAGUUUAUUUAUAAAUUCUAAACAAAGUUAACAUAAUGCUAUUGUUGAAUGUGAUGAGGAAGAAGAUAAUUCAUCAGAAAUAGAUUAUUAAUUACCAAAAUUUAGUUAAUCUGGUUAAAAAAUUUAGUAAAAAUUGAGAAUGUCAAAAAGUAGACAAGAUUCUGUCUUUUCAUUUAGUGAGAAAUAAUAAAAAAAAGACGCAGUUUCUCUAUAUGAUGAUUUAAGUGAAAUAAAUUAAUAAUAUGAUAUAUAAAGUCCAAGAUCAUAAUUUGAUGAAAUUCAAUUUUAAAUAGAUUUUAAUGAUGCAAAUGCAGUUGAUAAAUUUAUGUCAUAAAUUAAAAAGAAAUAAGUAUCUCUAAUAUAAAAUAAUGACUUAUCAAUAGGUUCAAUAUAAUAAGUACUUAGUCCUUAAUAUAUCGAUAGUUUGAGUGAAAAAAAGGCAAAAUUAAAUUCUAGGUAUAAUUAAUAUUGAUUAUAGAAUUGGAAGUGAUGAAUUAUAAGAAGUUAUUAAAGUAAUGGCUUAAAUGUUAGUUGAUAAGAGUAAAACUGAAUAUACAGUAACUACUAAUACGAUGGAAACUUUAAAAGCUUCUUUAUUAGACUUUAAUAAUUUGUGCAACACUUUAACAACAUAUUUUUUGUGA